AUGUCGGGAGUCAAGGAUAGCUUCCUGGACCUCGAGCGGCACCGGCUGCAGCUCGAGGAGCAGGUUCAGAAGCUGCAGAAGGACUUGCAGCAUUGGCAGACCUGGGAUGCUGAGUAUGAGACACUCAAGGAGGAAGUCGACGACGUGCCCGAAGCCAACGCCGCCUCUCUCGCCCAUAUCAGAGAUGCAUUCCAGGGAGAACUGCUCAAACCACUUGAGAUUGACGACAUCUUCGGCGGUAAGAAUCUCAGGUCAAAGGAUCAGAUCAAGAAUGUUCUUGAUCGUCGCAUCGACUAUGUCACCAAGAACAUCGAGUCCCUGCAGAAGCAGCUUGAGGCUGCCGAAAACAAGUACGCUGCCGCCACCGUCAUCAGCCAACCCGAUGCCACCGAUGAAGACGGCCAACCCAUCACGGAAAUCAUCGAGCGGCUAGACGAUGAUGACAAUGUCAUCUCAUUCCAGCUAAACAAGCCAGGCAAUUCUUUGUCUCAAGUCAAGGAGGCCCUGGAGAAGGCAGGCGUGAAGGACAUCCCAGAUGCGGAACCGAACGCGACGCAGCAGAUCCCUCAGCAGCAAGCUCGCCAAACGGAAACCCUUCAACAACUAGUUGCCCAAGCUCAGCCGGCGAGCAAGAAGAUACAACAGCCCUUGAGAUCUGAAUCUCCGGCCAAUAAGGCCGUCUCUUUUACCUCCAAUACAAAGGCCGGAGACGAUCCGAAGCCUCAAGUGUCGAAGAAUGCGAAACGCGUCGAACAAAUCAUGAAGACUGCCAAGGAGCAGGAGACCCUCAGUGAGGAAAAGCCAGUCAUCCCCGAAGAUGAGGAUGAGGAUGACGCGGAGAUGCGCCGGCAAAUGCUCGCAUAUAGCAUGGGCGAAGUCGGUGCAGUGGUCGCCGAGUUGGAACUAGACGAAGGCGACACCGACGACGACGACGAUUAUGAGUUUGACUACAGUGAUGAGGGAUUCGAGGAUGAUGAAGACAAAUACGGGCGAUCUACUGGAAGUGUCCUGACAGAUGGUUACCGCCAACGCAUGCUCGAGUUGGAAAAGAAGCUGGGCAUCAAGUCUCGCUUCACUGCCCAAGAACCAGCCGAUAACGAUGAUGAUUCAAGCUCGGACGAUGAGCGGAUCGGUCGCAUUGUUGUGAAACCAAGUCCCGAGGCGCCAUCGUCCUCAUCACAGCCUGUCCCAUCAAAGUCGAUCAUCAAGGAGAAGCAGCUUGCAGAGACGAGCGGCAAGAAGGGUGUCCGGUUCGCCUCGAAUCUUGACAUCGCUCCCGAAGAUGAGCCUGCAACACAACGGGUCAAAGAGAUUACAGAAAAAGACGACGAGCCUCUGGUGGAGCCGUUGAGUGAUGUCGUGGAGCGAUCUGGUCCUGCCAAGUCGGCCGAAUCCAAGGCGAAUCGCAAACCGUCUCGCUUCAAGAAGUCGAGAGGCGAGGCUGCGACGGGUGACAGUAUCCCGCCAGGUCCUAUGGACCUGCCAGUGAGGUUCCUAGACCAAGAUCGGCCGACUGCGCCCACAGGUCCCGAGGGAACGACAAUAGCUGAUACCCUAGUUGAGCGCGAUACGAGGACGGCUCCCCAACCAACGGGGGAGUUUGAUGACGAUAUGACACAGGAUGCGGUUGCUGAUGAAUAUCAUCGAAUGCGCAAGAAGUUUAUCCAGCGAGAAGGUGGGUUCCUUAAAGAAGACGAAUCUCCGAUCCAGCCAUUGGACGAAGCCGAUGGAGGACCGGCGCGUGUUAGUCGCUUCAAGGCGGCGAAGCUGUCAAGACAAUGA